AUGUAUGCGAUCCUGAUUCUCUUCACUGAGCCUGAAAGAGGUAAGUCAGCCCUGUGCGAAAUUCGGAACGCCUCUGGCCACGAUAUCAAGACUUAUUCUGCCAACCCUCAAGAGGACGAAAUUCUGCUCCUCAGGGGGACCAAACUGAAAGUUCACGAAGUUCUUGACCCGGAUGUUGACCAGCUAAAGUACGUUGUUACGUUCGUUGAGGACGAGAACCUUUACCCUACGGAAACCACCGAAACCACACCAGAGGAAACCCCCAGCCCAACACCAAAGGAGACUUUUGAACACCCUUCUAACACUACAGUUGGCUAUAUAAAGCGGGUUGGUAUCAUUUCUUCAAUAUCUCUACAACAUACACGCGUCUUCAACAGAGACAAGACCAGAAACAACAACAACAACACUGUCCCCAGCAACCUCAAGGACGCCACCACCAACGACAAUGCCUUCAACAGAGACAACUGGUGCAACAAUAACAUCUUCACCCGCAACCACAUCAACGAUAUCUUCUACAACUACAACCACAUGUUCUCUAGCAACGACAACAAGCUCACCACCAUCAACGACAAUGUCUUAAAUAAAGACAACAAUAGAUACAACAACAUCGUCACCUGCAGCCACAUCGACGAUAUCUUCUUCAAGUACAACCACAUCUCCUCCAGCAACGACAACCAGCACACAACAACCAUCGUCAAUGUGUUAAAUAUGGACUACAACACAAGAAUAGCAACAACAACAUAA